UGUAAUGGAUGUAGUUACACGAUUAAAACAAGAUAAUUGUAAAAUAUAAUAGUGAUGUGGCUGCAUUUAGAUGUAUUGCGUCCUUCAGUCUGAAAUGUUUCUACUACUUUAUUCUCCCGUAGUUUGGUUUUCUACGUUACUUAGUUGUCUGUCUUGCCGAUAUAACUAGCUUGUGUUAGUACAGCUCUCGUAUCUAGUUUAAAAUGACUCUGCCAGCUUUGCACAACACCGGCGUGAUUUACAGGAGGAUAUUGUCGCAGUUCCCUCAGGACAUCAGCUUAGCUUUUGCUUAUGGAUCUGGUGUUUUUAAACAACACGGCACCAGCCAAGGUCAAAUGGACAAGAACAUGCUGGACUUUGUGUUCGCGGUGGACGACCCAGUGACGUGGCACACCAUGAAUCUGCUACAGAACCGCAAACACUACUCCAUCCUCAAGCUGCUGGGGCCCACCAUGAUCAGCUCCAUCCAAAAUGAACACGGGGCUGCAGUGUAUUACAACACACUCGUGCCUGUGGAUGGGAGGAUAAUCAAAUACGGGGUGAUAAGUACAGACUCUCUCAUUGAUGACCUGAUGCACUGGAAGACCAUGUAUGUUGCUGGACGCCUUCACAAACCAGUGAGAAUGCUCGUGCAGAAUGAGAACGCAAAGCUGCGCGCUGCUCUGGUGGCCAACCUGAAGAGUGCUGUGACGGCCUCCUUCCUCAUGCUGCCAGAGAGCUUCAGUGAGGAAGACCUUUUCCUGCAAAUGGCUGGUCUUUCUUAUGCUGGCGAUUUUAGGAUGGUGAUUGGAGAGGAUAAAUCCAAGGUGACUAAUAUCGUCAGAGACAACAUUCAGCACUUCCGGAUUCUGUACAGUAACAUCCUAAGGGACUGUCCUCAAGUGGUCUACAAACCUCAUCAAGGAAAAUUAGAGGUAGACAAAAGCCCAGAAGGCCAGUUUAUCCAGCUCAUGGCACUGCCCCGCACCCUGCAGCAAAGGAUUACAAAACUGGUUGACCCUCCGGGGAAGAAUCGAGAUGUGGAGGAGAUCCUGCUGCAGGUGGCUCAGGACCCAGACUGUGGAGCUGUUGUACAGCAAGGUAUCUCUUCUAUUGUGAAAACCUCCAGUAUAACACAGAGUAUCAAAGGCAUUGCUACAGCUGGCAUGUGGAAGACAGUGUCGUACAGCUCCAAAAAACUGAUAAAGAUGUGGAAGGGCUGGAGGAGGAAGCCGUCUGUGUCACAGAUGUCGUGAUGCUGUCUGUUAAUCAAGAAUCUGUCUGUCUUUGUAACUGUUACCCGGACAAUCAACGCUCAUCCUUUGAUUUUAUCCUGACUGAGCUGCAGCUCCAACAGUAACACACUAACCUCUCCUUGUGUCACUCCUGUGAAUGUGAUCACUGACCAGGCAUACAGGAUGUCUGAAUAGUAUAAAUCCAUCUGUUCAACUGCCCUUUAGCCAUGCAAUUUAAAAAAACAAAAAAAGUUUUAUAAAAAGGUUGACAUUUCACCAGUCUGACUAAAUUAUGGCUGACAUUUAAAGGUACUACAGAUUGGACCUUUCUGGAUGACUACAGUGACCGGCGUGUUUCUGCUGAAUAUGCUAUAUCGAGAGUCAAUGGAGUAAAAACUGCACAAAAUCAGGGUGUUUAAUAAAGAUAUUUCUUAGGUGUAAUACAGAUCAUGCAUGUGUCAUACUUGUGUGGUUUCUUUGUGAAUGGUGCUACAUAAAUGUCAGAUUAUUGACUGCUUAGAUGAUUCUGUUGUUACAUUAGUCAUUUACAUAUUAUCAUCACCUUGCCAAAGACCUCAGUAUUGUCAUGUUUCAGCAGAGUUUUGAUGGCAUUGAUGUGUUUCUGUCAGUAUUCAGUAAACUUGAACAUUUAUAUUAUCCCUUAUCAAAAUAAAAAUAAUCCUUAUUGUUAACAGAAACAGUGAACAUCUGUUAACCUCUCUACUAAUUUUGUAUCAUGAUGAUCUGACCAGAUGACUGCAGCUCGUCAAUGUAAAAAUGCAUUGAUUGGAUCCUCACAAGCACUUGACGUCUAAUGUAGUGACAGGAAAUGGGUUUAAUAAACU